AUGCAGUACAUCUUUUCUAUUGCCCUGGCAUUGGCAACACUACCAGCAGCUAUCAACGCCAAAUCAGUCUUCGCUCACAUAGUCAUGGGAAAUACCGCGGCUCACGAUGUCACUCUCUGGACGAAAGACAUCACUCUUGCCAAAGAAGCCGGCAUCGAUGCUUUUGUCCUUAACAUGGGAUUUGGCGAUUCCAACAUCCCUCCCCAAGUCGCCAAUGCCUUCUCAGCAGCAGAAGCCGCAGGUUCGGAUUUCAAACUUUUUUUCGCGUUCGAUUAUCUAGGUGGUGGGAAACCGUGGCCGGCAGGUCCAAGUGGCGAGUUUUCUCAAAGUGUCAUGGGCAUAUUGGAAAAGUAUAAGGAGAGUCCCGCUUACUUCAAAGUCGAGAACAAGCCUUUCGUUUCGACGUUUCAGGGGAUUGAUAAUAUGGGUGAUUGGGCUCCCGGAGGGACCAUUCGAUCGGCAGUUGGAGAUGUGUUUUUUGUUCCGAAUUGGGAUGGUACGGGUCUUGAGAAAGUUCAAGCUGCUAAGGAUAGUAUUGAAGGAUUCUUUCCCUGGGGGAUGUGGCCGACUGGUGCUUCUAAUAUGACGACUGAUAAUGACCUUCACUGGAAGAAUGGUCUUGAGGGAAAGAGUUUUAUGAUGGGUGUUUCGCCUUGGUUCUUUCACAGCGGUGCUGGGGAUUUGAAGCCUUGGGUUUGGAGAGGCGAUGAUCUUUGGGCGGAUAGGUGGGCUCAGACACUUGAAGUCAAUCCGGAUUUUGUUCAAAUUGUAACAUGGAAUGAUUACGGUGAAGCACACUACAUCGGUCCUCUUCCAUCUUCCGAAUCUGAGAUUCCUGAUGGCUCUAAACAAUAUGUCAAAGACUACCCUCAUGACGAGUGGCGUAAUUUCCUUCCUUACUACAUCUCAGAGUAUAAGAACGGGAAAGGAACCACUCAAAUCGAAAAAGACAAAUUGCAAUUCUGGUACCGAACCUCUCCUAAUACCGGCAAUUCCUGUGGGGUGACUGGAAACACCGCAAGUCAAGGCCAAGCAGUCGUCGCCGAUGGUAAAGUCAUGGAGGACGGUAUCUUCUUCAGCGCUUUGUUGAAAGAAGAUAGCGAAGUGUCGGUGCAGAUUGGAGACGGGCAAGAAGUGGUGAAAGAGGGAAAGAAAGGAAUCAAUCAUUGGAGUGUUCCAUUAGGAGGUCAUACUGGGACGCCCAUCUUCUCGGUGAAGAAGAGUGGUCUUACUGCCAAAGGGGCUGAGAUUACUGCGACCUCGAAUUUGGAGGGCGGAUGUGUGAAUUUCAAUGCUUUUGUUGGAGGUGCUUAG